AUGGGUCUUUCUACUCAACUUAUAUCACCUUCUUUAGCUAAACUACAGCUAGGUAGUUAUUUUAGUAACCCAAAAAAUGAAAAUACUUCUCAAAAUAUUUCUACUCCCGAUGUAAACGAUAAACCUAAUCCUAUCAUCAAGACUGAUGAAAAAGACCAAAAUUCGAUGACUGUUGUAACGAAUCCUCAUUUUCAUCAAAGAAAAAAACUUUCUAAUAAAUUGAAUAGAAAAGAAAUUGAUCGUGCUAUUGCUUUCUCGGCUUAUGCCGUUGAAGAAGACUAUCAAGGAAAUCCUGAUUGUGCUUUAGAGCUUUAUUUACUCGGGUUAGAACAUAUUCUCAAAGCACUUCCAGUUCACGCAGAUCAAUCACGAAGAAAUGCUUUAAAAACAAAAUUACUCGAUUUUAUGGAUCGUACAGGAUUAACUGAUGAAGUAUUCGAAGCAACUACACCAAUUUCACCUAAUGAUUCGCAAGAUACCGAACCUUCUAAUGCAAAAAUAUCAGAUCAACUAAUUCAAGCGGCUGUUACAGGGGCUGUUGCACUCAAACAAUCUCCAAUUCCAGAUGCUAUAUCAACAACGGUUAAUUACACAAUGAGAAAAAUGAAAGUCAUUGAUGAGGCUUUUGGAAUACAAGAUAAAGCAUGGGAAAUUUCUCGAACUGGAAUUAAUAUGGCAUUGGAUAUUAAUUCGCAAUAUAAUGUACAUGAAAAAGUUGUAAAUGGUUUAUUCUUAGGAUUUACAGCUGCUAUGAAAGCUGGAAUUGCUUAUACUGAUUCACCUUCAUAUCGUGAAUUGAAAAAAUUGCAAGCCGAAUUUAAUUCGGCUAGAUCUGCCCGAACUGACUCAGCCACCUCUCCUAUCUCUUCCAUCUCUCCUACCUCAACUACUUCAGAUACUUCGAUAAAUAAUGUUGAUUAG